AUGGGGACCAAGGCGGCGCUGCGGGAGGUGGGCGUGGUGCUCGCGUGCUUCGCGCGCUUCGGGGGUGCGGCCUUCUGCCUCAUGCAGGCGGCUGACACCAUCAAGUGCGUGGGCCCGUCCAUGCUGCCGACGCUCAACCGCGACGGGGACAUCGUGCUGCUGGACAAGCUCACGCCGAGGCUCUGGAAGCUGCAGCCGGGCGAGGUGGUCAUCGCCACGUCCGUGUCCAACCCGCGGCAGACCGUGUGCAAGCGCAUCGUGGCCCAGGAGGGGGACACGGUCUGCGUCAAGCCGCGCUACUCGCCGUCCGACGUCGAGUUCCACAAGAUCCCGAGGGGCCACGUCUGGCUCGAGGGCGACAACAAGCACGACUCGCACGACUCGCGGUACUACGGACCGGUGCCGUACUCGAUGCUGCAGGGACGCGUCGUCAUGAGGGUGAGCUGCCAUGUUGCCAACUAG